UUCUCCUCUUCUUUCCAGACAUGCCAAAUUACUCUGGCAGUUCUAGAUGUGUCUGUCGGCUGCGCUGCCACCGCCUCUGUCUUUCCCCUUCCAGAUGUUGACAGGCUCCAAACUGAAUCGGCGGCUCGAGAGGAACAACGGCUCUUCUCCUCCACUCUGCGUGGAAACUCAAGUGGGGGAUGAACGGCAGGAGGGCAGAGAAAGAGAGAGAGAGAGGGAAGCAAAGUUGGGCAUUUUCCCGGCGCACGGAGGCAAUUACCCAGAGCGCAUUCCAGAGGCGCUGCUUUGAAUUUUGAGCAGGUCGGCUUGUCAGUUUCCUGAGUGGGAAGAAGUGAGGAGGGGAGGAGAAGGAGAAGGAGAAGGAGAAGAAGGAGAAGGAGAAGAAGGAGAAGAAGGAGAAGAAGGAGAAGAAGGAGAAGGAGAAGGAGAAGAAGGAGAAGGAGAAGGAGAAGGAGAAGAAGAAAGGGAAUAAACGGUCUCUCUCACACAUACAGAGGCGGAAUGUCUGUGCUUUUCAUCUUCUUCCUAGCCUCCUGUUGUACUUGGAUGUCACAAGCGCAGACCGAAUUUAAAAGGGUGGCCGAAGCAAACGUAACUUUGCCCUGCCAUCAUCGCCUUCAUCUUCUGGAGCCAGCGAGUCUGGAUAUAGAGUGGCUGCUAAAGAAUUCUGAAGCUGAACCGAAAGUGGUGAUCACUUAUGCAGGAGGCAACAUCUAUCAUGAUAUGAUCAAAGAACAAAAGGGCCGCGUUUCAUUCGCCUCCAAUUUCCUGAAUGGAGAUGCUUCUUUGGAGAUUUCUCUCCUGCAGCCAAGCGACUCUGGGCAAUAUACGUGCAAAGUUAAAAAUGCUGGACAGUAUGAAUGGACACACAUCACUCUGAAGGUUCUAGAAAAACCUUCAAAACCCAAAUGCUGGAAAGAAGGGGUGGCGUCUGAAGGAAAAGAAAUCACUUUACAAUGUAACUCUGUCUCUGGCACAGCCCCUAUCAUGUACACGUGGCAGCGGGUAGAUGCAAAGGGAAAACUCGACUCUUUGCCGCCCUCAACACGUCUCAAUCUGUCCAAUCCCGCCCAAAUUAUUAUGAGGAAUCUCACACGGAUGUUCACAGGAUCUUACCAGUGUACUGCCUCCAAUGAAGCAGGAGAGGACAGCUGCGCCAUACAGGUGACAGUGCAACAUCCCCCAAAUGUCGGCAUCGUUGCCGGAGCAAUCUGUGGCAUGAUGGGAGUAUCCUUGCUGGUUGUCUUGGCUGUGUGGCGAACUAUCAAAAGGAAAGAAAAAAAUAAAUACGAAGAAGAGACUCCAAAUGAAAUCAGGGAAGACGCAGAGGCACCCAAGGCCCGAUUAGUCAAGCCGGGCUCUUCCUCUUUGGGCUCCAGAAGCUCACAUUCUGGUUCUUCCUCGACAAGAUCCACAGAAAACAGUGCCUCUCGCAGCCAGCAAACCCUGUCAACAGAAGCUACUCCACACCUAACACCGACGCAGCACAGCCACCUUGAGAUGAAUGGCAGGAAAAUUGAGCCAAAGAGAAGUAACUACACCAGUUUGAUCAAAACGGAAGCAACCCCUACAAUGAUGCCUGCUCAAAGUCGAGCUUUCCAAACCGUUUGAUUACUGUUCCGUCUAUUUGGGCUCCCACCUAUAUCCAUAAAUUACAUGCACUGCCAGCAUUAUGCAAUUAUUUUAUUUUCCAAUGCAACGUUGGUUUUCUAUAGUCAUGCACAUACACACAAAGAACAAAAACCCUCAGUAUUUUUUUAUCUUUCUGUUUUGAGGUACAAGCACACUUGGGAAAAGAGAACUCGUAAAAAGAAUUAUUUCUAUUUUUUUAAGAUUUUUUUUUUUAAUUUUUGCGAUUAAAGCUUGGAAGGAGAAAAGGGAAUGCUGACACAACAGGAAUAGCAUUUUGCAGUUUUGGACCAAUUUGCUAAAAAAAAAAAAAGACAACUGUGGAAUAGAGAUGUUCCAGCAGAAUUCUUAAGGGAAAAUUAAAUGCAUACAUAUACAAUUGUCUUCUCGAUUGUGACCUAUGUUUUUCACUGCUAAUGUUAAGUCUGAUCAGCUUCAAGAGAAAACUGACAGGACUUUGCAUGUGUCCUUUUCUUGAAUUAACAAUAUUGAUAAUAUUUGGACACAUCACCACCAAUGAAGCAGAAAACAGUAACUUUGGGGAAAAGUGAGAAGCAAUAUUAGACUUUAAUUGGUCUUCUUUACUGGUGGGAAUUUCUGUGAACAUGGAAGUGCAUUAAUUUAAGAAGGUACGUAUGACUGAAUACGGCUAAAGAAUAUAGACAUUAGCCCACUGUGACCAAGCUAAUGUAUUUGUAUGUAUGUAUAUAUUCAUAAAUAAUAAGCAAUUCCACUAAAGGGAAUUAUAUCCUAAUGGAUCAUUAGAAUGUGAGAUCAGCAUCAAAUCCUGAAUUCCAUUUACAAGUUUUUAAAAAUGGUGUUUUUAAAAUACUGUUCUCUAUGCUGGACAUAGUGACAUUCAUUUUUAGGAUGAGUAGUGCCAAAGGGUUUCUGGGGGGGGGGAGCAUUUUUGGUCAGAAUACAAUGUCAUGAUUAGUAAACAUUUUGAGGUAAUAAUCUAGAAAAUGUGAUCAUUUGGAUGGAUACAGCGUAGUCAAACUUGUAAAACUAACUGCAAAAUUUAAAGGAGAUAUAAAGAAUGGAAAUGAGCUGGAAAUGUAGAUUUCAGCACUGGUGUUAAGAACGCUUUCAUCUCUCCAAAGUGGAAAGUCUCAUCUAUGGACAGAACUAGUAUCACCCAGCUUUAACGAUAAGAAAAUGCAAGUUGUUUGACUUCAAGUGCCAACUAGAUUGCAAAGAUGAUGAGUUUUAAACUGAUAUUAUUCCAGGGGGAUUAUUUCCAUCACAUUCUUAAACACAGUCAUCAAGAAGGAAAUAAGAGAACCACUAGACUCAUAUAUUAUAAGAGAAAUGUAUAAAUGGUGACUUAGGAUUCAAAAGUAGGAUGUGUGUUGCUAAUACAGGGCAGUCAGUAUUACAGAUCUUAUAAGGCUGUGACAGAAAGCUAUUUUCACAAGAAAUAAGAAGCAGGUUUCCAGCUAUACAACAGACACACUUAAUUUAGAAGUCUCCAUAACAACAUUUCUGGAGUAUCUUGAAGCACAUUCAACUAUGAUUAAAGUCAGCAUUGCAUGAAUUCCUCAGCUGAGUCUUAUAUAUGUUCAUUCAGAAGAACCAGACAUGCCAGGCUUAGAAUGUUAGGAUUAUUUCAUCCCUCUCAACCAAGCUAGUUUAUCCCUUCAUAGACCUUAACUGAAUAUUUAAAAAAGCAAUUCGGCUUACAACCUAUCAUCAAGUCCCAUAACGCAGAACUCAACAGGAAGAAAGUAAAAUCCAAAGGCAGAUGAACUAUUUCAUUAUUUUAUUUAUACCAAAGCUCAGUAUAAUGCAGGUUAUCAAAUCAUGAUAGUUAUCCCAAGCCUUUUGAAUUAAAAAGCUAUUUAAAUCUUUAUUUUAAAAUUGAUGCUUAGUGAACGAGGUAUAGAAAUCAAAUAGUUAGGACGAUUUGCUACAAAAUAGAGCAGACCUGUCUUAACUCUUGUGGGAAGGGAGGGGGCUAUAGGCACUGUUAUUUCUGAAAAAGUGGCUGGCACCAUGACAAAAUCCCCAUUAGAAAGAAUGGGGAAUCACAAAAUUUAGUAUAUGGAAAAUUUAGUAUAUGUUCCCUGAAAGAUAAAUUGGCAAUACACACUCUAUUAGUUUUCUACUUUAAUAAACAUCCACUGCACAGGAAGUGAAAAAUGUUUUCCUAAAUCACAUGCAAAUAUAUACCAAAUUCAAAAAUGAGUUACUCCCAAUGCCACCUCAACCAUUAGCACAAAAACUAUGCUCAACGGUAGUAAAAUGCAACAAAACUCAAACAACCCAUUCUAUAAAUUCAUACAAACAAAAAUGAUUAAAAAAUUCUGAAAGUUCUGCCUUUUAAACCAACAAAAAUAUAUGCAUGCACCCCAUUCACCAAUUAAGCACCUCUCCACCCCAUCAGUGUUAUUUUUGUUUGUUUUUUUCAACUCCCUGGUUUGUGUUUUCUUCUAAAACCACCUACUCUACCCUUAUUAUAGCUCCUUUAAAUUAUCCACAUUUCAUUUACUUUCCUAACCCACUCCCUUCUUCUUAGGUCAGUCAGUUUUGAAAGCUUACCCUGCAGCAGCCUCUGUUUCCUUUUUCCUGAUAAAUCUGUGGCCAUCUACCUAUCCAAUCUUUUCUUUCCUUAAACUGUACUUUAUCCAUGGGGAUACAGAAAAUGAAACAGUAGCAGCUAGGCCUCCCAAAUACCCAAGUGUUGAUUUUUUUGUUUUACAAGUCUUUAAAAUGUUUACUAUUCCAAAAAGAGCAAUUCAUGGGAGGUGUGAAGAGUGACCUGUCUUAGGGCACAGUUGGACAAUUACCCUGUUUCCCCCCAAAAUAAGACAUCCCCUGAUAAUAAGCCCAAUUGGGCUUUUGAGCGCAUGACAAUAAGGCCAAGCGCUUAUUUCAGGGUUCAAAAAAAUGUAAAACGGGAUCUUAUUUAUGUGGAAACACAGUAGACACUAUAUUGGCAAUCCCUCUAAACUCUAAAACAUGAUCGUCAAGUUAUUAUAUACCCAGAUGUUUUGAACCUCCUGUUUAUAUUCACCAGCCAAACUCUCCAAACCAUCUGAAUUCUACCACUGAAGAAAAUAAAUGACAUUAUAAGCUAAAUCUAAUGUAAGGGAAUUUCUCUGAUAUUAAGAAGGGAAGAAAAAAAACAAUAUGUCACAUCACUAGGAUUUCACUGCAAAAGGGAAUAUUUAAGCACAAUGGCUUCAAAUUCAUGACCUUAAAUAGUAUCUCACAAGGGAAACACUAUACUCUGAACAGCCAAUUGUUAUUUUGUAAAAUAUUCUUUAAAACAUUGUUACCUUGUAUGCCAUUCACUAUGUAGUACUAUGUAUUACUGUUGUACAAAUUCCUACUUUUUGUUUUUAUUUUUUUUUGAACUGGUAAAACUGAGAACACCUUCUUGUCUGCCGCCAUCCAUGAUUUGUGCUCAGCAUAAGCAAAGCAAAAGGGAGUAAAUAUUUAUUUUAAACUGUCCUGAUUCCACCAUUUGAAGACUUCAUUGUUUUUAAAAUAAAGGCUGCCAAACUUGCAGUUCGGCUAAACCCAAAGAUUAAA